CUUGAACACUGCCAGGCAGAGAUCACAGUGGCUGUGGUUUGUUCCAUCAUCUGCUGCUGCUGUCUACUGACCCGCUGCUAAAAACACUGUAAAUUUCAAUAAACCUGGAAGGAAAAAUGUUAAAGACAGUGAAGCAGAUCGGACAAGCUUUGAUAAGAAAUGCUCGAGGAGUGCAAACUUCAUCCUCGACCCUUAGUGACAACUUGUUUGUGCACAGGGACACCGCCGAAGACAACCCUGACAUCCCCUUUGAAUUCACUGCUGAAAACAAAAAGCGUGCUGAUGCCUUAAUGGCAAUCUAUCCUGAGGGCCACACUAGAGCGGCUCUCCUGCCACUCUUGGACUUGGCUCAGCGUCAACAGGGAUGGUUGCCUAUUUCAGCUAUGCACCAUGUAGCUGACAUUCUCAAUGUUCCAAGGAUGAGGGUUUAUGAAGUGGCCACUUUUUACACCAUGUACAUGAGGAAACCCAUGGGAAAAUACCAUCUUCAGGUUUGCACUACUACUCCUUGCUGGCUACGCAACUCUGACGAAAUUAUGAAAGUUAUCAAGUCUAAGUUAAACAUUGAAGUAGGUGAAACCACAAAAUGCAAGACUUUCACUUUGUCAGAAGUUGAGUGCCUUGGAGCUUGUGUCAAUGCUCCCAUGGUGCAAAUUAAUGACGAUUAUUAUGAAGAUUUGACAGGGAAGGACAUGGAGGAAAUCUUGGAGGAUCUUAAAGCAGGAAGAAAACCCGUAGCUGGACCAAGGAGUGGAAGAUUUGCUUGUGAACCUAUCGGCGAGCCGACUUCACUGAAGGGUGAACCCACAGGGCCAGGGUUUGGUGUGCGCUCUGAUUUAUAAGUAUAUGUUCCCAACAUCUAAUUAAAUUAUUAUUUUGGAGAUCAAAGUAAACUCAACCAUCUAAUCAGAGAUGUGAGACUUGACACUGUUACUGGGCAGUAGUACAAAUUUAAAUGCAAGAGUAGUUGCUCCUGAAUUGUUAAUAAUAAAAUUGGGACUCCAUGUACAUUAUUUAAAUAUAUUUGAACAACUAAUUGUACAUAAUUUGUUGCAAUAAAAGUCCUACAAUUUGCUUGUAA